GAACCCCCGGCGGACCCUCUCCGUGCUGGAGCCGGGGGGCGGCGGGGGCUGCCGGGCUCGCCGCAGGGCCACGGUGGAGGAGACGGCGAGCUUGGGAAGGGGCCGGGGGCGCAAAAAAAUGGAAACCGGCGAGUGUCUGGGGAACGUGGUGAGCGAUGGAAAGCUGGUGAGAAACUCCGGAGGGCUGCAAAACGCUCAGUUUGGCAUCCGGCAGGAUGGCACCAUGGUGUUUGGUUACCUGUCUGAAGCAGACGUCUUGGACCAGGCCAACCCUUUUGUGCAGCUGGUGAGCGGGGUGGUGUGGCUCCUGAGGAACGGGGAGGUGUAUGUCAACGAGAGCAGGAGGGCUGAGUGCAGUGAUGUCCAAACCACAGGAACCUUCGACAGGUUCAUCAACGUGGUGUCGGCCAGGACUGCGGUCGGACACGACAGCCAGGGGCAGCUGGUCCUGGUUCACGUGGAUGGACAGACAGAAUCCAGAGGGGUCAACCUCUGGGAAAUGGCUGAAUUCCUGAAGCAGCAGGGAGUCAUCAAUGCCAUCAACCUGGAUGGAGGAGGGUCUGCCACCCUGGUCUUAAACGGGACCCUCGCCAGCUACCCCUCUGAGCACUGCUCCUUUGACAGCAUGUGGCGUUGCCCUCGGAGCAUCUCGACCAUCCUGUGCAUCCACGAGCCCCCCUGCGAGCCCCCCGACUGCAGCGGCCACGGGAUCUGCCGUGGCUCGGUGCCUUUCUGGAGGGCCCCAGCCUGUGACCUGCUGGACUGUGGCCCUGCCAACUGCAGCCUGCACGGCGUCUGCACCGGCUCUGGAUGCCUCUGUGAUGCUGGCUGGACUGGCAGCAACUGCACUGAAGUUUGUGCCAGCGGUUCCUACGGGGCUGCCUGUGCCCAGAGGUGCCAGUGCCAGCACGGUGGCUCGUGCCACCCUGUCCACGGGGCCUGCUCCUGCCCACCUGGCUACUAUGGCACCAGCUGUGAGCAAGAGUGCCCCCUGGGCUGGUUCGGGCCGGGCU